AUGAAGACACUGAACCUGGUUGGAGCGUCGAUUGACGAUCUCCAGGCCGCCCUAUCAUCAGGUAGCUUAACGAGCGUCGAGUUGGUUGCGCUGUACCUCCGCCGCGUGGCUCGCUACGACUGCCACGGGUUGGCUCUUAACUCAAUUCCUGUUCUCAAUCAGCAUGUCUUUGACGAAGCCGCCGCCUCCGACGAUCGUCGAGCGAAUGAACAGCCCGUUGGUCGCCUUGAAGGUAUCCCAUAUACCGUCAAGGACAGCUACAAGGUCAAAGGCAUGACAGUCGCCAGCGGAUCCCCGGCAUUUAAGGAUCUCAUCGCCAACGAGGAUGCCUUUACUAUCUCUGCUAUCAGAGCCCAGGGGGGCGUGCUCAUCGGCCGUACGAACAUGCCGCCAAUGGCAUAUGGUGGAAUGCAGCGAGGCAUCUAUGGACGCGCCGAGAGCCCAUACAAUCCCGCAUGCUUGGCCGCCGCCUGGGCGUCUGGUUCCUCCAACGGGUCUGCAGUUUCAACAGCAGCUUCCAUGGCAGCCUUUGGAAUGGCCGAAGAGACAGUUUCUUCUGGACGAUCUCCUGCGUCGAACAAUGCCCUCCUAGCGUACACGCCCUCAAGAGGAUGGCUUUCCAUACGUGGCAACUGGCCCCUCUACCCGACUUGCGACGUGGUGGUGCCACAUACGAGAACGAUGGAUGACUUGCUGAGGCUCCUCGAGGUCAUCACAGCGAAGGAUUCUUCAACUGAAGGCGAUUUCUGGAGACAUCAGCCAUUCAUCAAACUGGCUGAGCCAUGGGGCCCGCUAGGUCCAACUGCAGGGUUGUUCCGAAGCAUUUCAGAGGCCGUCUCACUGAAAGGCCGACGCAUCGCGGUCCCUAGUAUGUACAUUGGCGGGCCUGCGCCGCAUGGCGCUACGCCGGUCUUCACGAGUGACGACGUCAUGCAACUAUGGCAACAUGCGCAGAGGGAGCUGGAGGCCCUGGGCGCCGAGAUUGUCGCUGUUUCCGAUUUCCCUGCUGUCACAGGAUAUGAGAACCCGUCUUCGCUUCCAGAGGGGUCCGCACGCCUGCCAGAUGACUGGAACUGGUACGAGAGGGGUCCCAUAGUUGCUCAUGGAUGGGAGAGCUUCUUACGGGAUAAUGCAGACCCCAAGCUUUCCAGUUUGUCUUGUGUCGACGAAUUCAACAUCUUCCCGCACUCCAUGCGAACGCCAGUCGAGCUGAAGCAUGUUCCAGCAUCAAACUCGAUUCAUUGGGGCAAGCUUUUCAGCUAUACCCGUGAGACGCCCAUGUUUGAGACCAAGAAUCUGGAGACCGCCGUCAAUGCACUCGAGGCCAUGCGCAAACAACUUGUGGAUGAUUAUCUUGACGAGUACAAGUGCGACUUCUUCGUCUUCCCGUGUCAGGGCGAUGUGGCGGCCGCAGACUCGGAUAUCGACCCAGACGCGGCCGCUCACGCAUGGGAGAACGGAGUCUGGUACAGCCAUGGAAACAGAGCCCUUCGCCACCUGGGCAUCCCGUCUGUGACGGUACCGAUGGGUAUCAUGGCCAAGAAACAGAUGCCUGUCGGUCUGACUUUUGCAGGCCGGGCAUACGACGACGCUGAUCUACUCAGAUGGGCCAAUGCCUUCGAGAAGCGUACUCGGCUGCGCAUUGAGCCUCCCCACACGCCAGCUCUGGACUCGGAUGUGAUCCAGCUGAAGGCCGCACCUGCAGCUCUGAUCAGACAAGCGAGACCACUUCUCAAUGUAGAGACGUAUGAGGUUUCUCCUAACGGAGCGAAUAACCUCUUGCUCAAGAUCCAGGGAACGCUGCAGGUUAAUGAAGAUGUACAGGGCGCCGUCAAUCCCGUCGUAGAAGUCAUGGUCAAUGGCGAAGAUAUCCCAUCAGAGCAGAUCCACAUCACCAGUCGCUCCAAUAUGGCCAGUUUUGAGUGCGAUAGGGGCACUCCCAGAUGUCGCCGGUGUAUAGCGGCUGGGGCGGAAUGCAUGGCGGUCAACCGACAGACUGCAGCUGAAAUACCACGCAGUCUGCUCCAACAUCUGGAACAGCAACUAGAAGAGCUCCAGCGCACAAAAAGCCUCCCCGAUGUGGCCAGUGUUGGCGCUGAUGGUAACCGCUCGCGUGGGGAUCUCGACCAGAGUCAUGCCAGGGCUCUGGAAAUGGCUACCCUGUCCAUUACAGCCCACAUGACGCCGGACUUGUUUGACUCGGACGUUAGGAUUCAACAUCGGGCCAAGCUCUUCUAUCCCUCAGAACGGCCGCCUCUGAAAAUUCCGGUCCGUGGCCUCUAUUUCCAUGAUCAAACAAGAAGCGCCGGCAGGGCGUAUGCCUCCCAGUUCUCUCACUUCAAGGCGACCAACAUCCCUAUCCACGUGGCUCGGCGUCUGUUCAAGAAAUACAUGGAUGAGGUCCUCCCAAGGUUCCCCUGCUUCAUGGAGGAAGAUCUCGAUAAUUAUUUCGAAUCCUUCUAUGGCCAUGGUACUCUCGGUCAACAGCAGACUACCAUGCCUAGCUUUAUAGUCCCAAUGAUCCUGGCCAUCAGCUCGCUUACGUCGAACAGUCACGAUUUCCCAAAAGUCGCAGCGUUGAGUGAGUCGCUGCAUGCCGAUGCUCUGGAGAACGCUCAGCUUCUUAAAACUUCAUCAGUUGCAAGCCUUCAGUGUCUCGUUCUCCUCAUCCAACUGGGGCUUCUCCUCCCUCACACCGCCAACUGCUGGUUCAUCACAGGCGAAGCGAUGCGCAUGGCAGUUGGUCUGGGACUGCAUCAGGAACCGGACCCAGCCAUUAUCCCUGAUCCAGCCCAUGCCGAACUACGAAGGAGGAUCUUUUGGACGAUCUACCAACUCGACCGAAUCGUCGGCAUUGCUGCUGGAUGUCCCGUAGCUCUGAGUGAUGCACACAUUAGUGUUCACCUCCCAUACAACGGCGGUGACCCUCAUACGACUCCAGAAUGGUUCGGUCUUCAGAGGUCUCAUGACUUCCGCGAGGCACAGUUUCUAAUUCAUACCCGCAUACGCAUCAUCCAGUCCCAAAUCCACGGUGUCCAGUUUUUCGACCAGCCUUUUCCCAACCACUUCGAGGAUUAUGAUUCCUGGGUUCAGUCCAUGAUAGAUCUCAUCAAGAGUCUUGUGAACCAAGGAGCGACUGAUGGGCUAGCACGCUCGCGUCUGGAGUCCGCAGCCUACCAGUGCGAGGUACUGCUUCACAGGCCCUGCUCAAGGAACAUGGCCGUCUCUGCAUCCUCUUUGAUAGCCGCUGCGACUGCAUCAAUCCACCUCAUCACGUCACAUAUUCAAGCUGUUCGAUCUGGCGGUUUCAUCAUGGCAUUUGAGUUGACUAAUAGUGCUUUCCAGGCUGGCAUGGUGCUACUCUACGUUGUUCGCAACCACGCAGCAGAACUCGAGGGCACGCCGAUUCUCGUGUCCGGCUACGAAGCGCUGGACGCUCUCAUACAGCUUCUGGACGCGUUAUCUAUUCGUUGGCCUGCCGUGGCAGACACGGCACAUUAUAUCCGGGAAUUGGUCGACACAUGUCGACGGAACCAGAUUGGCCAAGAUGGUAGCGACUAUGACAUGAGCGUCCUCGAGGAGCUCGACUGUUUAGUGACCCAGCGCCGCGUUCACACCAUACGCCAUAGGAAUAUUCCGUUCCCUCCGCAUGCCAAGCCUGGCCCCCAGUCAGAUACGGCGAGCCAGACAAGCUGUGGGUUUCUGGAUGAUGAUGAAUGGUGGCGUGCAUUCAUCAAUGACGACGUGGAAAUGGACGGGAGUCCCUCUAUGCGUCACGAAGCUCUGGUUGAUUUCGCCUUGCCUGAAGCCCGAGUGACCCGUCCUGAACCCCAAAAUCCUGACACAUCGGCUUCAACUCCGGUUGCAGAGCUUGACAAAAUCUUGGGAGCGCUGCCAUCCUGCAGCUUCUGCCGCGACCGCCGCAUAAAAUGCCACCAGCAGCUGCCGGCAUGUAGGGAAUGCCUUCGUGUAUCGCGAGAAUGCAUGAUUUUUGACCCAGUGCAGGGGAGGAAUGUAUCCAUGAGGCGCAUUGGGUUCCUCGUCGACAAGAUCAAGCAGCUCUCUCAGGAGGCGCUCUCAGAGAAUCACUCAGAAAACCCUAGACAAACGCUUCUGGAUUCAACCAUUCUCGUUCCUUUGGAUGAAUGGAAACUGAAAUCAACAUCAGCAGUCCCCUCCGAGCAUACGUCCACGAUUUUCUUCGGCCGCUGGAGUUCCCUGGGCUGUCUUCGAAGCUUCCUGCGUCAAAAGGAGGCAUAUGUAUUGCCGAAAGAUGUUCAUCGAGCUAACUGUUUCUCUCCUUACCUUGUUCAAGGCUCAAGCUCUCUCCCCGCCGCGCCUCCGCCCAUGUCUAUGGCAAUCAGCCUGUUCCAGCUCUUUGCCCGGUCCGCAAACGUAUUCUACCCAAUCCUGCAACCAGCCAAGCUGGACGAAAUAUUGGCACAAUUCUACGCGAAUGAUGACCGCUGUUUGCAGUCUGAUACCCGGGAAUUCUUCUUUCUCGUUCUCGCCGUGUCCUCGCGUAUUGGCCAAGUCGGCCAAGCGAACCCGUCCUCACAAGCGGAUGGUUACUUCCGCAGUGCCGUCUCAGAAAUGAGCACGUCAUGUAAUCAUGCAUCACGAGCCGAGAAUAUUGCUCUCCUGCAGAGGACUCUUCUGAUCUGCCUGUAUCUACUUCUCAGUCCAGGGUCGGGCGAUGUGUGGCGGCACCUCGGUUUUGCUAUUCGUCACUUCUUCGACCUAGCCCACCGGCCAUCCAUGGAAGAGGAUCAGUUCCACGAUAUUCUAUGCACCCUAACGAGGACGCUAUAUUGCCUAGAGAGUCAGCUAUCCAUCGCAUUUGCGCGGCCCAGUUUGUUAAACAUUGGCGAUGCUCUUCGACAGGAACUGGCCAACAGGACAACGGAUAAUCUUGAGGAACAGAUCUCCAUAUUUUCGUAUCUGAUAUCUCUGCAGAUGUUACAAAUACACAGCGCUCUGCUCCAGCACAACUCACAAUCAGUAAAGGGGGCCGCUUCCAUAUGUCGAAGCCCCGCAGAGGAGGCACGCGAGUAUUGCCGAGGUCUCGACGAAUGGCUCGUCCGAUGGAAGGAAUUCGUCGAGACCGUUCCAGACGACGACGAUGAUGGCGUAUCCAGGUCCGAACUCUCUGCCUGGGGCCAGUUUCAUUACCACCUAGCUGUCUUCCGCGCCUCUCUCCUCUGGCCGACGCCAGGGGGCAGGACGACGAUGCUGUGCCGGGCCGUGGCCGACACAGGCCUUGAACUCUUCCGACAUCAGCGGCUCUUCGCACGGUUGUACUCUGGAGGGCACAAUGGGAGGCUGCCACCCUUGGUAUUUCCCCUGAGUUGGACAAUGGGUCACGCUGUUCUCGGACUGGGGCUCUCUGCUAUUUCUGGGGACUUGACUUAUGAAGACGAAGCGGAGAGAGCAUCUUCCCUGGGCCGGUGUUCCGUAUUACUAGCAGUUCUGGAGGUAGACCCGGACUAUCUCUUGGCUGGUCUGAGUCCUAUCUUGGAUAACUUGCGGGAAUGGUUAUAG